AUGGGCAUCAUGAGAGCUCUUGUGGAAAGGGAAGAUCCCUCCUCCAAGGACGUGGAUGAUUUCAUGAUCCGGAGAUUUCUGCGGGCGCGUGAUCUGGAUAUUGAGAAGGCUUCUAACCUGUUCCUCAAGUAUCUGAGUUGGAGGAAGUCAUUUGUGCCAAAUGGUUCCAUCUCAGAGUCAGAGGUUCCGAGAGAGCUUGCUCAUAACAAGCUGUUUAUGCAAGGUCUGGACAAGACGGGACGCCCCAUCGUCGUUGUUUUUGGUGGGAGGCAUAAGCGCACCAAACUAGAGGAGUUCAAACGUUUUGUAGUCUAUAGCCUUGACAAAAUAAGUGCCAGAAUGCCAGCAGGCAAGGAAAAGUUUGUAUCCAUUGCAGAUCUUGAAGGAUGGGGAUACGUCAAUAGCGACAUUCGUGGAUACUUAGCAGCUCUGUCGAUCUUGCAGGAUUGCUACCCAGAAAGGCUUGGCAAGUUAUAUCUUGUUCAUGUGCCUUACGUUUUCAUGACGGCAUGGAAGAUGGUUUACCCAUUUAUUGACAACAAAACCAAGAAGAAGAUAGUUUUUGUUGAGAACAAAAAACUGAGCUCCACCCUGCUCAGUGAUAUUGAUGAGAGCCAACUCCCAGAUACAUAUGGAGGCAAAUUGCCGUUAGUUCCUAUCCAAGACUGCUAG